AUGUCACUUUUACUGAAAUAUAACGCCGCGCUCCUCUCCACAAUCCCCUAUACCUUGGCACAGACCUGCCCGUCCGACACAGGCUCAACACAAAGCACACUGCACUACAACUUCGUCGAGAGCUCAUCGACACUCGCGGAAUGGACGACCCUCUCAGGCAACCCAACCAUCAGCUCCGAGGGCGUCGAACUCACAAUCAACAAGCAGGGUGAUGCACCCACAAUCGAAACGCCAAACUACAUCUUCUUCGGCGAGAUCAGCAUCGUUAUGAAAGCAUCCGCCGGCACGGGCAUGAUCAGCAGUAUAGUUCUAGAGUCAGAUGAUCUCGACGAAACCCCAGAGUCUCUAACGUGGAGUAUCGACGGCACGGCCACGCGUACACUUUCCUACUCCGACGCCGCGAACGGGACCCUCUACCCGCAGACUUCCAUGCAGGGGACGAUCGAUUGGGCGGAUGGAGAGACUGAUUACUCCCAGGCGCCGUUUACUAUGGUUGUGAGGAGUGUGGAUAUCGUUCAUUAUUACCCGGCGGAGAGCUAUGCUAUUGUGAUGCAGGGGGGUAAGGUUUCGAGUCUGCCGGCUUCUGCUGAUGCUUCUGGGUCGGGUGGGCAGGAGCGUCGAGGCCGGCUUGCACUCAGUUAA